CAGGGGGCUACAGGGAAAGGAGGCAGAAGGAAGCGGGCCAGCGGCGCGCGCUGGCGCCGAAAUGGGAGAAAGGAGCGAGUGAGAGGGAGGGGCGCGGAGCGAGCGCAGUGGCGCCGAGUUGCCCCUGGGCUGGGGUGCUCGCGGCCGUCGUGCAUGGCAGGCCCAGCGCAGUGAUCCCCGCGGCGCGAGAAAGCGGCGCGCAGCUCGCACGAGUCCCGGGCCGAUGUCCCAGGUGAGUGGCCAGCGCCCCCCUCACUGCGACGCGCCCCAUGGAGCCCCCAGCGCAGCCCCCGGCCCAGCUCAGACCCUAUCCCUCCGGCCUGGGCUGGAGGUAGUGACAGGAUCCGCUCAACCUGCGGAGUCAGCGCUAGAGGAGGGCUCCCUGGAGGAGGCGGCACCCUUGAUGCCCCAAAGCAAUGGCCCUGGGGCCUCCCAGGCCCUGGACAGCACUGACCUCGACAUCCCCACAGAAGCUGUGACACAUGUUUCCAAUCAAUCACCUGGCACACGAAGGGCAAAAGCAGCAGGGGGCUUGGCAGGGGCCGAGGUGAUGCUUAACUGCUUCCCUGCUGCCCCUCCACCCCCAACUGCCACUGCUCUUGCCAAAAUCCCAAGACCCCAAGAGCAGGAGAGUGGAUUUCACGUCGGGCCAGCCUCAGGGGAACCCCUUGGGCUGCCCCCCACUAGUGGCGAAUGGCUCUGGCCACCCCUCGGAGCUGGGCGGCACCAGGCGGACAGGGAACGGUGCCCUGGGUGGCCCCAAGGCCCACCGGAAGUUGCAGACACACCCAUCUCUAGCCAGCCAAGGCAGCAAGAAAAGCAAGGGCAGCACCAAGUCUGCUGCCUCCCAGAUCCCUCUCCAGGCGCAGGAAGACUGCUGCGUCCACUGCAUCCUGUCCUGCCUGUUCUGCGAGUUCCUGACGCUGUGCAACAUCGUCCUGGACUGCGCCACGUGCGGCUCCUGCAGCUCCGAGGACUCGUGCCUCUGCUGCUGCUGCUGCGGCUCCGGCGAGUGCGCCGACUGCGACCUGCCCUGCGACCUGGACUGCGGCAUCCUGGACGCCUGCUGCGAGUCGGCCGACUGCCUGGAGAUCUGCAUGGAGUGCUGUGGGCUUUGCUUCUCCUCCUGACCCGCGGUGCCCCCGGCUGUCACACGAGGCUGGACCGCCCCCUCCCCCGGGCCUCUCCCACCCUCCCCGAGCCCUCUCAGAACCCCAGCCCGGUGAGAGGGCGGUGCUGGUCCUCCUUGCUGGUUUCCCUGGACAACAGCACCUAAGACCUGGGGGGAGGGGGGACCGUUCCUGGCUCAGCUGCCAGGGCUGCAGAACACUGUGAAAGUUGGGGGAGGGGGCCGGGACAUGGGGGAGGCUGGGGUGCUGGGGCUGUGCGCUUUUCUACCUCUCACUGCCCCUGUGCCUGCCUCCCCCCUCCCCUGCCCCCAGGCUUAGAGGACAACAAAAUGUGAAAAGAGACGCCCCACCUGACCUCAGCUAAGCCCCUCCCCGGUCUCCCCUCCUGUGGGGCCUGACCCAUACAGUGACCCCAGAGGGCAGGGCUGGGCUUGGGCCCAGGGUGGGGUGGGAGGGGG